CAGAGACAGGCAGACUCCUGACUCCUUCCAAACUCCAGAAUUACUGAAAAAAAUAGGAUUUCCUUAAAAAAGGAAACCACUUUAAGGAGAGAAGUCUCUAAGCGUAGCUAUUCCCUUUAAAAUAGACUGCCAGCUAUAUCAUAGAUAUCAGUAAAUGGAUUCCACCAGAAAGAACAUGAAUAUGGUCACUUUAAAGACUGCUAAGAAGCUCAGACUCAGCCCCGUUUUAUGGAGGCCCUGGAUGCCCACAGCCAGGGAUGGUGAAAUGACAGAGAAUCAACAAAUGUCACAACCAGAUGGUCAGCUAACAAAUUUUAGAUCAAAAGGAGCCCUGGGGUUUCAACAUCCAGUGAGACUUUAUUUGCCUAAAUCCAAAUGCCAAAAGUUUCUUAAUAACAUUGGAGAGAAGGUUCUGGCUAACUUUCCAGUACAAGCGACAAUUCACUUCUACAAUGAUGACACUGACUCUGAAGAAGAUGAGGAAGAAACCAGUUCCGCCUAGUAACUAAAAAUUACUAGCCUUUCCAAAUACAUAAUUAAAAAAUUAAGAAAGGAAUUAAAAGGAACUGUCAAGAAUGUCUGUACAAACAUCUGACUGAAGAAAGAAGCACAUCAAAGCUCAUAUGAAGACUAUUUAUAGCUAACUAAAUAAGAAGAAUGAGUCAGUGCAACUGGAAACAGAGGAAAUCCUUUUGUGUUUCAAAAGACUUUUAAAUAAA